AUGCAAGGUUCAUUCUCCACAGACGACUAUCGCCGUUCAGCGGGAAAACACAUUUUUGCAACACCUUUCCGCAUAUUCUUGACCGAACGUGUCGAGCCACUGGCAUCAUCUAUCACUUCCAACACUGGCUCUUCGAUUGUGUCACCCAUAGCAGAAAAAGACGCGUACUCAAUCCGGCUGAUAGUUACUGUCUUCCCCAACAGUGCUCUUUCAGGGGCCAAAUCUGAAGAGGAAUGGGAUCGUCACGCUGCCUGGACUCACAAUCUCAAUAUUCCAUAUGCUAGAUAUGCAGUCAUUCCACUGGAUCAAGAACGUAUACAGCGAAUUUUCGAUCAAACACCCUUCGACCCUCUGCUGGCGGCUGAUGCAGGGGGCUACGAUGAGUUCCUCUUUGCAUCCCAUGAGGAGGCUACUGCGUUUUUGGAAGAAUAUAGUUCCCAGUUACGAUCUUCAUAUGAGCGUUUCGUCGAUCCCACUCACUCCUUUGCUUAUGCAUUUGAUGAUCUUGAACAAUUUGGUUCGUCGGACCGUGGGUUGUGGCAGAAGACGAUGGGCUUGCUUGUGGGAUCAUUACUACGAUUCAAGGUUUACUACAAUGUCUGA